AUGUUCGAUUAUCCAGAUUGUUUUAAACCAUCCAAAUAUUACAUUUACACAUUCAGAAACAUGUAUACAAAUGGUUUUGGCGCAAUGCACAAUGGAAGUCAUUGGAUAGCAACGCCGAAAACUGUUGAAGGUCGAAUGGACUACUGGUUUGAAUAUGCUAAGUAUGAUGAUGGCCCUGUAGUUGCUUAUUUAAACUACGCUUUAGAUGUUGGAUUUUGUUUUUUAAAUUUCUACGGAGAUUUUGUUCAUCAUGCAUUUUCAUACAUAUAUUUGAUACCAGAAACCAUCCGAAAAGAAGUUACUAUAGUUUGCGCGCAAUCUCCGUCAAAAUCAACUUUGAAUUUUAUAUGUAACAUUUUUGAGAUGCCAAAUCCGAUUUUUACCAACAAAAAUAUAGUUUAUGUCCAUAAUUUACUAUAUAUGGUUGGACCACAUUCAUGGCAGACGCAUUAUGGAGAGAUUAUGCAAAAAUUAACAGAAUUUCUUCGUGAAAAGAUGAAAUUGGAUCGGAUUCCUAUUACUAGAUAUGCUUUCAUCAAUAGAGAAUUGGGUAAAUCCAGAAGAAUUAAGAAUUUAGAAGAAAUUUGUAAUGAAGCCAAAAAAAUCUGUCCUUCUUUUGAAUAUAUAGAUCUAAAUAUAUAUAAAUCUAAAAUAAAUGUUGAAACAACUGCUAAACUGUGGGCUUCGCUUAAAUUUGUCGUUCAUCACGGCGGUUCCGGAUUUUCGAAUUGUAUUUUUGUCAAAAAAGGUGUUCUUAAAGCUGUUAUCAUUCAUUGUGUCUGGUAUGAUUAUCCGGCCAUUAAUUUCUUGAUUACUUGUGAAGCAAAAGUAAUUAGUCUUCAAUUUGACCAUAUUGAGCAAUGGUCAACUGAUCCUGCUGUAAUAGAUCCGAGUAGAGUCUUGGGUGCUGUUAAAUCUCUGUAUAACAGCAAGAAUCGAAUUCGAUAUAAUAUUUGA